AUGAACGCACAGGCCACCGCGCCGCGCAAGCCCAGCUUCCACACGAUCGAGAGCGACGUGCCGCUGACAUGGACGCGCAUCGUGCUCUCCCUCGUCUCGUACGCGCUCUUCUUCACCGACAUUCCCCGCAGUGGGUUUGGCGUGCGCCAGCUGCCUCCCCGGACCUUCGCGCCCGUGACCGAGUCGCUUUUGGCAUACUUUGGUCCGUACAACUACUCGGUGAUUGCGCUCUCAAAAGAGAGCAACGGAUCCCUGACCGGGCCGUCCGUGGCGCCCGUGUGGAGCUAUAAAUUUGACACGACGUCGAUGGGUCUCCGCGGCAUUGUCGAGCACUUUCGCGUGCCUUUCUGGGACCCGUGCCUUCUUUACAAGUGCCCGUGCGGCAGCGAUGUCGUCGCUCCAUCGACCGUCUAUCGUAUGCUCGACAGUCUUGUCGACGUCGUCAUCUCUCUGCGUCACCGGGUUACACUCCGCGUCGAGUGCCGCAGCGUGGACAAGAUCUACGAUGCCAUCGCGCCCACGCGGGCGCUCGUCGAGCGAGACCUGCGCUCUGUUGAAGUCUACGCCAUGACGUCGCCUAUUGACGUGUGUGCAGAGAACUUCUCCGACGCCCCCUUUGUCUGCCAAGAGCCCUGGGCCGACUUCUACGCGUUAGCUCGGUUCGCCGCGCAGUUGGCCCGUAUCGAUCCAACGACGCAGGUUGUCGACAUGGCCGUUGUGCACUCUGCUGCGGAUGCGCGGCACUGGGGCGGCGGCGUCGCCCGGCUCUUGUCAUUUGGUGUCGACGUCACGACGAUCCUUCGUGUGCAAAAUUGCACGAAUGUCCUCCAGAAAACGACCUGCAGCACCGUCGAGAUCGAAGACUACCGAUACGAGACGGCGUUCAUUCGCACCAACGUUGAGGGGCAUUACGCGAUCACGCGGGUUUUGCGGCUCGUCGGGCAGCUCUACAACAUUGGCCGCGUCCUCCUGCUCCUCGUAGGGUGCUACGUCGCCCGCACCGCCGAUCCUGGCUUCCACGGGCAGCAUUAUCUACGGCAGCUUUGGGCGGUGCUGCGCACGUUCUUGCGCAUUCCGAGCCAAGUCAUCAUCUACGGCAGCUGGCUCCCCGUGAGUAUGUUUGCGAUGGCCCACCUCAUCGACUGUCCGGUGGUCUACAUCUUUGUAUUUCGCGCGUUUAGCUCGCUCAACGGCACGUUUAGCGUGACGCAUGACGCGAUACUGGACCUUCUCACCGUUCUCACGUGUCAGAUGCGAAACGUGUGGCUCCUCAGUCUCUGGACGAAAACGCAGGUGCUGCCGCGACGACACGUCGUUGAAGGCUACCGCGGCUACGUGGUGCCGCUCGUGGCGUUCAUUUCGCUUGGCUUUGGCAUUCGACUGCUCUCGCUGCGCAACGUUGAUGUUGUCGCUCACACGCAAGUCGCGCCCAGUGCAAUCGUCAGCGCGAUCCGGCAACUGGAGUCGGUCCCGCCCAACUACCGGUAUUGGGGCGUCUACCUCGAUCUACGGUGCUUGAGCAUGGCCCUGAUCCUCCUGCAUGUGCUUGCGUACGUCGUUUCUGGCCACGGGCUCAAGCGUGCAACGCAGAUUCCACACAUGGCCGCCGCCGCGUGCAACCCGACCAUGUUUAGUACGUCCUGGAGCAGUCUCUGGGCAAACGCGCCACCGUCGGUCAUUUCGCCGACCGACGUGGGCAUUAGGUGCAUGGACCGAAGACGGUCUGAGAACGUGCUCAUAAACAUUGCGUGGAUGACGGAUCCCAUCGAGUACAUCUACCAGAGCUUCGCGCCCGCAACCGUGUUUAUCUACGCGUAUACCCCGGCACUGCCGACGGCGUCGAUGGUCUACCGGUGCUUGCAUGGGACGGCGACGGAUGCGAUCGUCUUGCAUCCGUGGAGCGUUCCCAAAUUGAAAGCCGACUGUCCAAACGUCGAGCGCCUCCUCCGCAUCGAGCGCCAAGCAACACUUCUAUCGCUCUCGUGGCGGGACCGUAUUUAUUGCUGCUAA